CGCGCCAAAACUCAUCCAUGUUUAUCAACUGCGCAUAUGCGGAAACAGAACGACAGGAAGUAAUGCAACCACAUGUUCAUGUUUUCAUUCCACUAGAAUGACAGAAGCGCCCCAAAAGAAACCAUUACUCGAAGUCAUCCAGACAGGGGAGGAAGAUGACGAGACAUGCCGCACAUUUGUGAUGCACAAUGAGGACCACACCCUGGGAAACUCCCUCCGAUACAUACUGAUGAAAAGUGCCGACGUACAGUUCUGUGGAUACAGUAUACCUCAUCCAUCCGAGACCAAGAUCAACUUCCGAAUCCAGACUAAUGGAAAGCCAGCAACUGAAGUUUUGAAAAAAGGCCUGGAGGAUUUGAAGAAGUUGUGUCAACAUGUACAGAAAACGUUUGAGCACAGCAUGUUGGAAUACAAGGAAUCUCACCCAGAAGAUGCUGAGAUGGUUGAGGACACUUAGCCUCAUCUUGGACUGCUAAGUUGUAGAUACUUUAUGAAUGUUUUGUAAAUAAACAAACUUUAAAGCUA